AACCCAAUGUUGUCCGCUGGUAGAGUAGGUGCUUCCGUGAUUGUGUGGGACGAUUUUAAUACUCAGUGCCACUAGUUAGCGCAAGACUUUUUUCAUUUUCUGCAAUGUCAUGUUUCCCAGUCGAAUGUUCUUCAACGUAGUAGAAGCGGAUGACUGUCAAGGCUCUCGUUGUUCGGUCUGCACUUGCCGUAUCUGACGUGAGCCUCGGACCUCAUCUAUCGCUGUCCUUGGCGGAGUCUUCGACUGGCGUUGUCUCGAGGACACCCUAGCCUAAUGAUUUGCAAGUCCACUUCCAAUCAAGGGACCUCAUACAUCAGUCCCAUCCACUUGUGUGAGCCCGGAAUUUAUUCCGCUACGUGCCAAACGUAUCCGAAGGCGUAAACUAUUACAGCUUUUUCCCCCAAAGUAACAAUGUCGACAUAGAGACAUCCCACCGGUUUUCUCAGUCAUGCAGUACAGUUUACGAUCGAAACGGCGUGUAAGUACGUGCGGGUUUUCACAUUCUGUUCACCAAGACAGUUCCGGAUUCCCCAGGUCUAUCGCCAGCCUAGUGUGAUCUCAUGGAAUAUGAAAAGUGGUCCAAACAAACAGCUCUAUUCUCGUUUUUUUGGUUCGACGUGUCAUCAUCGGUGGACAAGAAUAGUGUCGUCCUCAUGAGUUCCUUAUUUACUUGGAGCAAGAUCAAACUCAUGAUCUCUGCUCUACAAAUGCGCACUCUGUUUGUCCUCUCUUGCCCAGCAGUUGGAUAUGCAGCUCUGCAUUAUGCCACCGCAUGCUUCUGGUGACAAAAGGUGCUUGCAGCUGGCUACCUUAGCGUAGCUUCGGACAUCCAAAUGCGGCAGCGAUACUCGUAGUGGUGGAGUUCGAGGGAGGGAUAUGAGAGACAAGGCGACGAGUAGCUUCGGUUUCCGUAACACAUCAUAGGAAGCAGAUCGAACGAGGCCUUCCUCAACUUGUCUCUCACAAUCUCGGCUAGGCAGAGGGGACAAAAGCUGAGUCGUUCUCUGUAAAGACGAUUGACGGGCCACGGUGAAGACAAGGGACACAGAAGGCGGUCGCAGACAUGGGGUCCUUAGGAAAGGAGGAGUUCCAGCGGAUCGCGUACCCCCACGUCCGUCGGGAUGAAUCGGUGAUUGACUUUUACCACGGCGUUCCAGUCCCGGAUCCUUACCGCUGGUUGGAGAACCCAGAUGCUCCUGAGGUGAAGGACUUCAUUGCAAAGCAAGUUGAAUUGGCUGACGAGGUGCUAGCGGGAUGCGACACGCGGGAUAAGUUUAAGGAGAAGGUUACUGCUAUGUACAAUUAUCCUCGUUAUGGAUGUCCUACCAAACGCGGCAAGUAUUACUUCUACAAUCACAACACUGGCCUUCAGUCUCAAGCUGCGCUUUACAUUCAGGACAUCGAAACUGGUCACUCCGAAAUUGUGCUCGAUCCCAACACGUUGAGCAGUGACGGCACUGUGGCUCUGUCGACGAAAAGGUUCAGCGAGAAUGCGGAAUUUUUGGCCUACGGACUGAGCUCAAGCGGAAGUGAUUGGCUCACCAUCAAAGUCAUGCGUGUGAAGGAUCGAGUCGUGUUGUCCGACACUCUCUCUUGGGUCAAAUUCACGUCCAUAGCUUGGACUCACGACCACAAAGGUUUUUUCUAUAAUCGAUUCCCAGAGCCCAAAAAGCGAGAUGGCACCGAUGCGGGAACUGAAACUGACAUAAACUUGUUUCAUGAGUUGUACUACCACUUUCUCGGCACCAAUCAAUGCGAGGAUAUCUUGUGCUGGAGGGAUAUAGAGCACGGAUCGUGGUUAACUGAUGCUAAAGUAUCCGAGGAUGGCCAGUACUUGGUGCUGUCUAUCAGUGAAGGAUGCGAUCCAGUGAACAGACUCUAUCUCUGCGACCUUUGUGCACUUUCGGGUGGUUUGGCAGGUUUUCUUGGAACGAAUACGUUGCUACCUUUCCAAAAACUCGUCGAUUGUUUUGAGGCGCACUUUGAUUAUGUUGCCAACGAUGGCCCAGUCUUUACGUUCUACACUAACAAAAAUGCGCCUAGGUAUAAGGUAUCCAGAGUCGACGUUGGAAAUCCGGCUGUCUGGUCUGACGUGAUUCCGGAAUCACACAGCAAUGUAAUUACGUCUGUAAAAUGUGUUAAUAGCAACCAACUGCUGGUGUGCCAUAUCAGCGAUGUGAAGCAUGUGCUUCAAAUACACGACCUUGAGACCGGCGAUUUUAUCAGGAGACUUCCCAUUGAGAUCGGCACAGUGAACAGUACUUCUGGCUCUCGCCGCGACCCCGAGGUUUUUUUCAACUUCACCAGCUUCUUGACUCCCGGAACCGUCUACAGGUGUGAUCUGAGCGCUCCCGAGCCGGAGCCGCAGGUGUUGCGUGAGGUUGGCCCUUCCAAUUUUGAUCGCUCUAUCUUCGAAACCAAGCAGGUUUUCGUGACAAGCAAGGAUCAAACUAAGGUCCCCAUGUUCAUAAUCUCAAGGAAGGGUUUAGUCAAAGAUGGCAAUCACCCAGCGCUCCUCGUCGGUUACGGAGGAUUCAACGUUAGCAUGACACCCAACUUCAGCGUAUCCCGCCUCGUUCUCGCUCGCCAUUAUGGAGCAGUCGUGGCAGUAGCCAACAUCCGGGGAGGUGGGGAGUACGGAGAAGAGUGGCACAAAGAUGGCACGCUUUCCAAGAAAAAGAAUAGCUUCGAUGAUUUCAUUGCAUGCUCUGAAUUCUUGAUCCGCGAGGGCUACACACAAUCCAACAAAUUGUGCAUUGAAGGAUCCAGCAAUGGCGGAUUGCUUGUGGCUGCGUGCGUCAAUCAGAGACCUGAACUUUUUGGAUGCGCCUUGGCUCAUGUGGGCGUGAUGGACAUGUUGCGAUUCCACAAGUUCACAAUUGGACAUGCGUGGGUAACAGAUUAUGGCUGCUCAGACAAGGAAGACGACUUCCAUUCUCUCAUCGAGUACUCCCCAUUGCAUAAUGUAUGGAGACCGUGGGAAAAGCUGAUUGGAGUGCAAUACCCUCCAAUCAUGCUCUUGACUGCUGAUCACGACGAUAGAGUGGUGCCCCUUCAUUCUCUAAAACUCCUUGCGACCCUCCAGCACGAGCUCUGCACUAGCGUGGAGGAUAGUCCGCAAACGAAUCCCAUCAUAGGGCGCAUUGAUAAGAAAGCAGGACACGGGUGUGGACGGCCCACACAGAAAAUGAUUAAUGAAGUUAGUGACACAUAUUCUUUCUUCGCCAAGAUGACACGAUCCUCAUGGGUGGAAUAGGGCUGCGAGGAAUUUGCAUAGAAAUUCGAUUUUUGGGCUUCAAUUCUCGGAGGUCUCAUCUUUAAUAUCUUGCACCUAUAUUUUGUAAGGAGCUGAAAUACUCGCAGGGUAGCUGAACAUAUAAAUACGCGCACCGUAGUCUUGUUACCUUGCGAAAUUGGAGUUUAGCAAGGUGAGCACCAGCAUUGAAUCGUAAAGCUGACUGCUUAAGUUGCGUCACAGCUGUGACUCCAAACAAUUUUGAUCCCUCUUCUUUUUAUUGACAUCUAUAUAUAUAUAUAUAUAUAUAUAGACAUACAUAUACAUUUAUAUAUUAAUUAUAUAUUUUCACAAGCUGCUGAAUGUAGUAGCGGGUACACCAUUUCGAACAUUUUCUGUUGCAAGAACACAUUCCAUGUAUGCAGCUUGUGACCGAUGGUUCUUACAUCAAAUAAAAAUUGCCCAAUAGUCGUUCCAUCA